GCUGAACACAGCGGCUAAGAUUGAGAUUUAUUAUGGUUUAUAGUUUAGAACUGACAGAUGCACGCUGUGAUUGCAGCUGGUGGCGGUGGUGUUACGACUGGAGGUACGAGACAAAAGUGGCGAAGGAGACUGAUCUUCUUAAUCUACUGAAACGACACAAAAGAACACGUGAGUGGAUAAAGGCCUCCAGCAAUUCAACACCCACCCACACACAGUCUCUCAGUUGCCACUUUCCUCGCAACGUGGCUCAUCGCUUCAUGAGCUGGCAAAAGAAGAACGAAAUGGAGAGUAAAACAUACAGAUGGAUGUUGGUGAAUAAGUCUGUUAGAGAAAUGAGUCUAUUCAAAUGAUACAUCUGUCAUUCCAUGUGUGUAGAGGCAGGCAGCUUCACAGUCCCUAAAAUUAUGUCAUGUUUUGUGAGUUAAGGGCGAGGAACCGUUUGUCCUACCUCACUAAUGUUGUUCUGCCAUGAUGACAUUAUCUUUUUCAAUCAUUGUCCAAGAUGUACCUAUUUUUGACAACAGGGUAGGAUCAACACUGCUGGCAACGAUUUAUCCUCAUAGGCUCAGCGAACAGGAGGAAUAGUAAAGUAUGUUCUUGCUUUCUGAUCACCGCAGACCAGCAACCCCUGUUUCCUAAUGACUGGAGCAACAAGGCCAAUACAUCAACGACAGGACAGAAAUCUGUGCAAAUCCAUCUAGACUAUUAACAUACUGUGAUGGAAACACUAAGCUGACUCUGAAUCAUACCUGAAACUCUGCUUGCACCCUGCAGGACUGCGAGCUGUGGUAGAAAGCAUGCGUGGUGGGAGGUGUCCCGUUGCCAUGUCAACACAAAGCAUGCUCUAGAUCGGGCUUCAGUUGCCUAGGUUACCAGCUGGAGUCCGUAGCAGCGGAAUUAUUUUAAAAAUAUUUGUUUUUCUUUUAGCAGAUGUCAUCUGAUUACCGCACAGUGGAUCCCACACAAUGACAUAAUGUUCAUAAGAGAAAAAGGCUUUGAAAACAUGACACUGACAUGGGAGCUAUUGAGAGUGGGAACAUCUUUGGAUUCUGUUCAUGUAGCCUCAUCAAAAGAAAAUAGAAACAGCUUUAGCUAAUCAUUCAUGUAUUGGAGGUCGAGCAUUUGGCAUUUACACAAAGUCACAACCCUGAAUGCCACGAACCCAUCGGAACCAGUCACGACUCUUCAGAUGGCCUGCUAGCUCGUUUGGCAGCUAAGCUAGGGCCACGGUUGGCGUUGUUAGCACUGUUAGCUUAUAGCUAUGGGCUCAUUUUUUGCCAUAUUGAGAGUAGUGUGAAGGAAAUGGAUAUUAAUGUGCUAUUAAGCACCUUUAGCGACCUUCAUUUAACAAUUUUUAAAGCUUUUUUUUUUACAGGAUUUUCUUCUACUGAGAUUCAAAAUCUCUUUUUGCCGAAGGAGUUCUCUUUGCAGGGGCACCAUAAACAAAAGGUCACAUAAAAGAAAAGCCUUAAAACUUAACUUAAAACCAACUACUUGCUACUGCAAUUUCUACGAGUGUCCGGAGUCAGCGUAGAGUGUUACUUCGUACCCGCCGUGUCAGCAUCUAAAUCAGAACAAUGUCUAUUGGCAGCUUAAUUUAACUUUUCCUCUGCUCUUCACAUACUGUACACACAGUGUCUUUUUUACAAAUGAACAGCAUCAUUGUAAGUAUAUCUAUAUAUAAGAACAUAACUUAAACAUACAGUAUUUACAACAGCAACAAUGAUAUUGAGGCAAAGUGCCAAUGAGGGUUUUGGUGGUUUUGGCAUUCCGGAGUCUGAACAGUUUGGCUGUGACGGUUCUGCAGUGAUCCUUCCUGCCCGUUUUCUGAGUUCUCAGUAAAAUGUAAGGCUUUUAUAAAAACGGCACUAUACUGUGUGAACUGGUUUUCCCUCUGCAGAAUAAUACAUGCCGCGAUGAGGGGGCCUCUGGUUGGAGGUGGGAAAUUGACUCCAGCCACUCACAGCCCAUCCAUUUGUUCAGUGCCUGAGAGAGCCAAAGCAGUGCAUCAACAACCAUCGCUGCACCCGCGUCUGUGUGGGUGUACGAAACACAGUGUGUGGGAGGAAGUAGGUAGGUGGGGGAGCAAGUAGGCCAAAUAAAAGUCUCUCCAACUGUUGAUGGUGAAGUCCGUCAGCCAGCCAGCGGGACUGCUGUAGGUGAGCUCGCCUCCGUCACCGCACUUCCGCUUCCAAGCAGUCGCUGUCACUUCUGCACUGACUCUUUUGUAUUCGACUUAACGCCUUCCAUCUGUGCUGGGGGCCUCGUCUCUCUGUGUAAUCUCUGUUUUCAACUUGUCGUCCGGAAGUCUUUGUUUGACAGCUACACACCCACCCAGCCAGCCAGCCAGCCCCCUUCCCUCCCUCUCCUCCUCUGCCUCGACACUUUCGUAGUGCAUCUUCUCUCUCAUUUGCAUUUGUUCCGCUUCCCCAAAGAGAAACGGUUUCCGUGAACGAGCAGUGAGGGAUCGCGGAGGAACACAUGCCUGGAUGACAAAACAUAUGGCAACGUGCACCGCGGUGGGGGCUGUUGGGUGGAGGAGCUUUUCUCAGCUGGACUAUUGUUGCUGAGUGAAGUACCGAGGGGGGAAAAGUGAGGUAAUUGGAGACCUGGCCCUGGAACAUCACGACAGCAGCAAGGUUACCAUGGAGACUGGCAAGCAGGGGUUGGCGAGUGCUCUAGUGCACAUCGGCUGCGUCUCAUCGCAGACGGAGAAAAGGACGGACAUCCAGGCCCCGCUGACCGCCGUUUACAUCCACGCGCUGCCCGCUCUACCAGCGCAGCCUCACCGCCUCCAGCCUCAGUCCUCAGCCGCCCAGGAGCCAGCCACGCUGCACAUGGCCGUGUCGCCGCUUUACUCCAAGGAGACGCUCCCUUUCCUGACCCUCCAUAUUCCCGGUGGACUGCAGUCCCAGCCGGCAGCCGCCGUUCCUGCAGCCAGACCCAAGUCGGCCGGAAAACACGUGUGUCCUCACUGUGGGCGGGACUGCAUGAAGCCUAGCGUGCUGGAGAAGCAUCUCCGUUGCCACACCGGGGAGCGGCCUUACCCCUGCAUCACUUGUGGAGUCUCCUUCAAAACUCAGAGCAACCUCUACAAACACAAACGUACUCAGGCUCAUGCCCGCCUCUCGUCUGAAUCAGAGAGCCUGGAUGGCAGUUCCGGCUCUAGAGACACCUGCACCUCCAGUCUGUCGAUGGAUGACCGCAGCGAGGAUGCGGGCAGCAUGGACAAGGAAACCAUAUCAACUGCUGCCGAGAUCGACUGUCCAGCCGUUCCUGCAAGGGUCUAUUCUGUAAAAACACAAGGUUCUCUGAGUGGGCAGCAUGCAAUGACCUCUGCCGUAAAUGAGACGGAAGCACAGGGGAAGGAAGUAGAUAACCAGAAGUUGGAAAACAAAAAACAUCUUCCCCUGCAGAGGCAAGAAGCCACACUGUUCUCUAAGCAGUGGGAGAACUCUGUAUCCAAAGGGAAAUCGCAAAGCCAUGAGAGCACCGACUCGGGCUUCAGUGAGAGUAGUGAACACUACCCGAGCCCUGUCAGCGUUGUACCUGAGCACAGUAUAGAUUCUCCUACCGAAUCAACCAAGGAGCACCUAAAAGAAACACAAACGCCGUCUGGACCAGGCCGAGGCGGACCAGUACCCAGAUGCACCGCAAAGGAGCAGGAGCAGAAGACGCUAGAGGAACGCAUAUCUAAGCUGAUUUCGGAGAAUACAGCUGUGGUGGAGGACAAACAGCUGGAGCACGUAAGGCCGCGGAAGACCGUUCUGUCGAAGCAGGGAAGCAUUGACCUCCCAAUGCCGUACAGGUACAAGGACUCCUUUCACUUUGACAUGAGGAUCAGUAAGGCUCCGAAUGUCGGGUCCCAGAGGAGCAGGCACGCCGGCUUCUACAGCUCUGUGCCCACUCCAGGAUCCGACAGCGUGGAGCACGCCCCCCUCACCCGCAGCAACUCCCUCCCUUACAGCGUUGCCCUCCUGCCGCCAGAGAGGAGCAGCCCAGCCUCCUCCUUUCAAAGCGAUUACGUAACCGCGCGGACGGGCAGCUGCGGCCAGAUCAAUCCAACAGGUUUCGCGGUGAAACCCGCGAACCAGCAUCCGUCCGCCCACCGGCCACUGGUUCGGCAGACGGCCGUGGACGGCCACCACGCAACAGACGGCCUCUUCGCAAAUUCAUCUGCGGAGGAGGCGUGCGCCGGCAGCCUCGGCUGCGACGGGGAUGGCCGUGACAUUUGUGGCGAGCCAAGCAACAGAAAGUUUCGCAGAAAGAAAGCACAAAAGUUUGCAUAUGACAAGUGGUACAUGUACGGGGGAGGGACAUUCAAGAAGCUUUACAGCACCGAGAAGGGCAGCGGCGAGGGCGUCAGCAAAGGCAGGAAAUGUCUGGCAAACAAGGAGCCCGAGGUCGAUCAGAGCCCACCAAAGGGCUUAGCCGAUCAGAAGGAGACGGCAACGACAAUAAACUCCACAAGCAGCAGUGCGACAGCGUGCCAACAAGGCCUCUCGCCUGCCAAACUAAACCUCCUCUCUGCCGUGGAUUGGAAUGUCAAGGCUGGCCGGGUUCAUGCAUCAUGCAGCUCUCUCAAGACUCCACUCCGGAGAAACCGGUCUUUGUCAGUGCUGCCGUCAUCGCCAGUUGGAUCAUUGGUUAGCCAGCAGACCAGAAGCAUGAGCCGAGCAGAAGAAGGGACGACGAUUGAAAAACGCACCGACUCCAGAUCGCGGUUAUGUGGAGCCCAGGUUCCCUCAGACAGGAAAAAACAGAAAACUCACGAUAAAAUAAUUUGCCCUCUGCAGAUGGAAACCGAGCCGAGCACACCGACCCAUCCCCGGCCUUUGGUCACUCGCAAUGCGCCUCAGCAGGAUACAAGUAUCAGCUACAUCAACCUGCAGAACAAUCAAACACAUACCCAGCUUACAGCAGCUCUCUUCCCAUCGUGCAUAAUCUGUACAAAUACGGCAUCCGUCAGCUGCUCGCCUGCCAUUUCCACAUUUGCCCCUUCGAAGGCCAGCUUCCUGCCUAAGUACCAGCUAAAGUUACCUAAUGCCGCUGAACCGGAUUCCAAUACUUCACUGCGUGUUGUGGAUAAACUUCCAAGAACUGGUGCCCGCGCUAUCACCUCUGCUCUGUCACCUUCUCUCACGGAGAUGACCUCGCCCUCGGUCAAAACCUGGGAUAAGAAAUGUGACGUCCCCCGUCCAACUAGUGACAUUAUAAAGACAAAGGCUUUCAGUUCCACUCCAGACCAGCUGCCUUUGCCGUGCACAGCCGCACCGCUUUGUCGGGCUGAAAUGCCAGCACUGAAUCUGAAUGCAACAGCUUGUUGUGCUGUCGUGCACAAGAAAUGUUCGGCAACCACAAUAACCACGACCUGCCUGCAAAAUGUUCAAGCAGCAUUAUGCAGCACUUCAAUACAACCCUCUCAAUCUGCAGCGGGCUCCUUGUCUCUGCAGCUACCCACACCCGUUUCACAGACGCUCCCGCUCCUCCCUCCUACCACUACCAUGGCCACGUGGGAAAAUCCGCCGCCUGCUGCUGUCACGACGCCUUUUGCACCGGGUCCACCUAACCUCAACCCUCUGUCACUCACGCAACUCUCGGCUGCAGCAGAGCCUUCGAACAGCGCGUACACCAGCCCGGUCGUACCUUGUCACAUAGUACCGUUUGACCAGAUGCAGCCGGAUGACCGGAACGUGUUUCACGUUCACACGGCGGACCUCCAGAUCUGCUUUCAGAUCAUAUCUGACGAGCAGCUGGCGCUCAUUGAACCCCAGAUUGAGAGGCAAGCGGGUAGGGUCGUCUCGCAGAGGCGUGAUGCAGAAGUGAUCGAGAACUCGCCUCAAAGUUCUGUUGCAAUAGAAAGUAGCAACGAUGGAAGGGGCUGUCAACCGCGAGGACAUCAACAAGGGUUUGACCAAAGUGAAUCUUCACUCGACACAAAGAGACUAAAACCUCAGCUGUCUGCACAAUUUGGGGCGGCGGAGCCAAAUCUCCACCUGGGCGAACGAAAUGACUCCCCUCGGGAAACGGAAUCAGCCCGAUCUACACACGCCGGAGCCGCGCCGCUGCGCCCACACACAUACGAUCCUGUAAACACGGCCGCGGUGACUCAGAGCUGUAUGGGCGAUGUUGGGUCAAGUGCUGCUUCGCUCAGAAGUGCAGAGUCAGAAGGGAGCCGAACCUCUGAGCGGGAGCGAAUCCUUUCUCUGGCCUGUUGUGCAGAGGAGCAACCUCUGCCGGACAGAAGGGUCAGCCGAGGCAAAGCAACCUCUCAAACCGUCUCCGGCCAACGCGAGCUCGGCGAGACCCGUCUCUUGCCCGCCGUCUGUCGUGCAGGCACAGUCAGAGCCACGGACGAAGCCUCUGCAUACAACAGCAACAGGCCUGAAAGGGCGGAACCCGAUCCCCCUCUGCAGGCUGGACUCGGUCAGGCCUCCAGCGCUUCAUGUACUGAUGAACAUCAUGGGUCUGUGUCCUCAUUUCCCAUCAAUAAAUGCAAGUUGAACCCCCAGACGUCCAUCUGCUGCAGCAAUCCAACGGAAACCGCUUUAUCAGAGGCUCCGGAUUCAUGGAAACGUGCAAACACAGGAUGUGACAGGACGGUGCAGCCAGAUGACUUUGUCUCUUCACAGCAAGUGACUGAGGAUGAAAUCCGCUCCCCUCACCCAGAGCAACAACUCGCUCAGUUUAUGUCAGUGUCUAAAAGCAGCCCAAGUAUUCAGAGCCAUCCUGCAGGCCUCAUGGGGGGAUGUGCGGCCCAGAAGGAGCUGCACGCUGCGGCACGCGGAGGGACGUCAGGGAAGCCGGGCAGCCCAGACGGGAGGCCGAAGCAGAGCCGAGAGGCCGGGAGGACAAACCCACGGCGCGCGGAGGGGGAGGAUGAGGACGGACGAGUCCACAGGAACAAGGCCGAGUCCACCUGCACGUACACACGUCCGCCAGAUAUGUUGGAGGAAGAAGACAGGGCGGUCAACUCGGGUCCCACCAAACUCUCUUGGCCGUCCGAGCAGCAUCUUCAGCAUUUUUCCCACACGCACUCAGGAAUGUGUGAGUGGCCCCCACGGAGCCCCCAGCGAGCGCAGAGCCACCUCGAUUCACAGGUGGACACCAACAGCUUCUGUUUCUCACACCAAUACUGGGAAAGCAGCAGCAGCCGCAUCCAUAACCAGCAAGCCUCAUGGGAACCCAGCGCCAAAGCGCCGGCCCAAUUAGCGGAGGCACCAAGCGGUUUCUCGCGCGGCACGUCCGCCCCUCGGCCUGCGGCGGCGCUCCCGCACCGGGGCCGAGAGCGGAGCAGCGUCAGCGCGCCUCAGCGAGGGCGGGCAGACGCUGAGUGGGCACCGGGGAGCCACCAGAGCCCGGGUGUCUCGCCUGAUUCUUGUUCAAACUGCAACGUGCUGGAUGACAACGGCGGGCCGCCAACGCGGCGUCUCCCGUCGCCACCACCCGGUGGCGACAACGACGCCGAGGACGGGUCUUCCUUCUUUCCGGGCGAGGACGCGAGCGGCGCGGCGAGGCCGCUGCAGAGGUGCCUGGACGGCACAGGAGACAUCAGCAGCAGCGACGAUGAAGGGAAGCUCAUCAUCGAGCUUUAACCCAACACACACACACACACACACACACACACACACACACACACACACACACAGCUGCCAUUUGGAGUUUUUGCUGCUACAGAUUUAUAGCUUCACCAGUGAAGCAUAGCUGGGAACUACGUGUGUACUCCAAAGAAGUCAAAGUAUGAAUUAAAAUAAUCAACACUGACGAUUUUAUCUGUUACUUUCAAUAGUGCAUUUAAAGGGAAAUGGGUUUGCAAGAAUGUCCCGUGGUGCCAUUAAGUUGAAUUACACGCUGAGUAGGAAACACUGCUUAGGCGCUUCCAAGUAGGAAUUCCAAGUCUGACACACAGGAAUUUCAAUAUCUCCCACGUGGAGCCGAGAGAGGCGGCCGUCACUGAACCGAGCACACGACGUCGCACGCAGUGACGACCCGACACUGACGACAAGGGGGCCGAUUGUGAGGGUUAAAGGCCGUAAAGUCGUUUGUAUAUUCUGUCACUGUGUAUGAGAUGAGGCACUAAGGAAUGAACUGCUGUGGACGCAACAUCAGCUGGGAUCUGAAGGUCACACAAUAACACAAACAAAGCGGCGUCCAUUUGCUGAGAACAAUAUAAUCACUGUUAUAAUACGCAUUGUAUUAUAGGUGCAAGUUACUUCAAGUGGUCAUAGCUUUAAAUAACGUGGGUGUUUUUUAUACUUACGAAGCAAACACACAGGUUAUAAAUGUGUCUUUGUGUCACUUAAAUCAAACGAUGAACACUGAUCAUUACAUUGUCAAGAAUAAUAAACAACCAGGACAUUUGUCAUCCUCUGUAUUUAUAUAACGCCUUGUCAACGCGGGCCUCAUAUAAAAUGCUGCCAAAUGUUGCACUACUUCCUCUCUGCUUGUUCGUGCUUUCACACACACACACACACAGUCAUUCCUGUUGUUCUGCACACACUCACUGGCAUUAAUUGCACUCUGUAUCAUCCUGUAACCUCCUGCAGACAGCACCUGUGUGUGUGACUCAUGUGCACAUGCUGUUGGCUGAGCUUUGUCGCGAGUGAGCACCUAUGAUUAGACACGGACGGUCACGGCGGCAGGAAGCGGGUGCAUGUGAACGACCCGCUGCAGAAUUCCACAGCGGUUACUCACGCUGACUCGCUUGUCGACCAUUAGUGGUCAUAAAAGGUUGUGAACUUGACAGGUGUGCAAGUUCAAUCAUCAUUGUGUUCAUUUUCGAAUGGGAUAUUCUUGUAGCAGAAAGCUGACAAAAAAAGAAAGAAUUAGUCACAACUUUAUUGCACCUCGUUUUGAUUGUUCAUGCAUUUAGAAGCUGCUUUGAAGAGCUUAAAAUGUUGUGGUGAUAGUGGUGGUUCAUGUGAACUAAGAGCAGUAAGAUCUGCGCUCUGGAGUCUAAGAGUGUUUCCUGUGGACCUCCGUGAUUUCAUCUGCUUUCACCAGAAGCAUUAAGAAUAACUAAAUGGAAAAUCUUCUCGCUGAUUUUCUUUUUUUCUGAUGCAGAACCAGGAUUAAAGAAGACAAAGAAAACAAGUUCUCACCAUCUACUCCCCACAUCCAGUUGAAACAUGUUUGAUCCAUUUAAAACGCAUGUAUGGUGUAUGAGGACACAGCAACACAAAGGCUUGAUGAGCGUCGUGAGUUCUCUGAUUUGUUUGCACCAUGCAGGCCUCUGCGCGGCCCAACACGGAUUCCUUAGAACGGCGGAGAGCCAAUGUCAGACAAUCAUCACCAUCAAUGUACAUGUGGGGAUCUGAUGGAGAAUUAAAGAAUGCACUGAACAAAUCCCAAGUUGAGCAACGGCUGAGUGUCGUACAGCCUUUUAGGGUCGAUCAAAGCAAAUGCUUGUGAACGGGCCAAAGCUUUAGUGCUCAGCGUUAUUCUCACAAUGUCACGGCCGGCUGAGAUUUGCCCAGAAAAAGUCUAAAAUCAGGCUUCCAACCAUCUGUGGAAUUUGAGAUUAUACUGCAUUAAAAGGUGAGGUUGGC